AUGGCUGGUACCGCAGAGCUUGGACUUUUGAUCCACGCGAAGGCGCCAAAAGUUGACAUUCCAAUCGGCCACUUCGACGCUGUUAUUGCUGCGGCCGAAGACAGUGCUCUCGACGAGAAGACAGUUGCAGACAAGUCGGUGAAGGAUGCCCAAGAAGCACCUUCUCUGUGGUUCGUGAACUUUCCUUCAAAAGAGGCCGCCACUUCUGGCUCUAAGGAGCUAGGCCCUUAUAUGCAAGAUGUACUUGACUAUCGCUGCUGGGCAAGUAAUGUGUGGUGGAAGACGGUGUACAGCAACAGUAAAGUACCUCAAGAUGGCUCUAAAGAGUCCACCGCAAAGCGUAGCGCCUUUGCGGCCAAGGUUGGAAUGAAGCACAUGACGCAAACGCCAUGGCUCGCUAUGAGCGCCAACAACAACGUGAGCAAGAACAUCGAGUGUUCGACCAACGAGUUCCAUACCAAGCUUAUCACCGAUGUCCUGGAGGGCUUUGUAGACAUAACGCCAUCGGUGUUCAAGGCUCUUGAAGCUAUUCUGCAAUCACUUUCCAAGACGGUGGAGGUUUCUAGCGAGACUGGAGAGACCAGAACUAUUGUUUGCGAAAAGUACCAGUACAUCCCUGAAGCAGACUCGAUCCGAUCCUAUGUUCGACUCAUUUCGUUCAGUGUCAGCAACAAGAUGCAGGAGAUCCAUACCGCCAAAAGGGAUAGGAAGGACGUAAAGUGCACUAUCGAAUACGUUGAGUAUGAGGCCGCAUUCAAUCGUUCUUUGUGGCGGGAGACAUCGAGGGCGUUCUUGGAGUCUCAGAAGAAGGCGAGCUUGGAAUUUGUCCAGAAACAAACUAUUGAUUGCGACCCUUGA